GACUCCUUUUUUCUGUGGCUAAAACCUCAAACCCCUGGUUGUGUAAUAAAGUCUAAAAAUGGGGAGGAUAUUUGUGGUGGAUCUUGAAGGCAGAACUUACAAUUGCAAAUUCUGCAAAACCCAACUUGCCCUUUCUGAUGACCUUGUUUCCAGGGCUUUUCAUUGCCGAAGCGGAAAAGCAUACCUAUUCAGUAAUGCGGUAAAUAUAACUUUUGGACCUCAUGAGGAGAGGAUGAUGCUUUCUGGAAUGCACACAGUAGCAGAUAUAUUUUGUUGUUGUUGUGGGCAGAUUGUUGGCUGGAAAUAUGAGGCAGCCCAUGAGAAAAGCCAGAAGUAUAAAGAAGGGAAAUAUGUCCUUGAAAGAGGCAGGAUUGUUGAUGGAGUUGACUCUGAGUUCUAUAUUGAUACUCGUCCAAGCAUGAGUGAUGCUGAAGACGCAUAACCUUGGUUUUCCGUCGCACCUAAAUACAAAAAUGAUAAUUCUAUGGUUGUAUCUUGUAGGACUUAUCCAAAGAACUAUUGUAUCUUGUCGAAGAUCUCCGCAAGUUUGUGGAUAUAGAAAAGAAGUUGCUGCAUAAGUUGUUUCUUUUAUAUGUAUGGUUCAUUAAAUAAGUGCUGUACCACCAGUCAAUCCGAUGUCCAUCUCUAAUGGGUGUGAUUUGGGUUUCUGGCCAUGAGUGAUGACUGUCAAUUCUGAUGGCGUAAUAUCUUAGGGCUUUGUUGCAAAUAAAUGAGGUGUAGCUAUAUUUUCUGCCUUGAGGCAUGAAUAGGAAUUUGGAGUUAAUGCUAAGUUCUUGAGAUGCAUUUAAUCUAUGGAUACGCCAGUCAAGUGGUCUGGAAUGUA